GUAAAAUUUGUACAGUUGCGCAUAACGUGAGCAAGCACAACUUAAUUAAAAUGGCUGCUGUAAAGAGUUUUGCAAUUUUAACUAUCCUCGUUGGAAAUUGUUUACAAUUGAUUGAGGGUAAAAAUGAAGAGCAACUACUUUGCGUAAAUGGUAUCCAGGUAGUUUGUCGCUUUAAUUUCAAGGAGUUUCUUUUCGGAGGAGAUGAAUCAUACAAAUUAUUUACGUGUGAAGGGGAAAAAAUUAAUUGUAAUGACACGAAUAACGACACACAAAUUUGGGGACAUCUUAGGUUCGGAAUGACUUACGAUUUAGUCGAAGCUUUUACACUUAACAACGCCAAACUAACUCAUGCUCCAUUAAAAGUUGAAAGAUUUUUUCCAAACUUGAAAGCAUUUGAGGCAGAAGAAAACGUCAUAACUCAUAUUUCUAACACUGAUUUGGUACCUCAUAAGAAGGUGGAGUAUAUUAGUUUCUCUCACAAUCAGAUUACUAAUCUCGACAGCAAUAUUUUUGAUGAUUUGUCAAAUUUGAAAACCGUAAUAUUUCGUGACAACAAUAUGAAGCACAUUGGACAUGAUAUAAAGCUACCCAAUUUAUCUGUGGUUUUGUUACAAAAUUAUUGUAUAGACGUGACGGCUUUGGGUCCUGUUGAAAUUCAAAAAUUAAAAUUUAAUGUUCUUGUAAAUUGCCCACCAGAGUUAUCGCAAAUAGAAAAUGAAAUGGAAAACCGGAAGAACUUAUUAACUCGUCUUAGAGACGAGAAUGCAGUGUUAGAAGAAAGAGUGAUAUUAUUGGAAGAAACAAAUGCAAAAAUGGGUCAUGCUUUUGACGACUUUAAUAUUUCAACUGAAGAACCGCCCACAACGUCAGAAUCAACUACUGAAACGUCCACCACGCCAGAACCGUCCACUACGACUGAACUGUCCCCAACGACUGAACCGUCCCCUACGAUUGAACCGUCCACUACGACUGAAGUGUCACCUACGACUGACGUGUCACCUACGACUGAACCGUCCACUACGACUGAAGUGUCCACUACGACUGAAGGGUCCACUACGACUGAAGUGUCCACUACAACUGAAGUGUCCACUACGACUGAAGUGUCCACCACGACUGAAGUGUCCACCACGACUGAAGUUUCCACCACGACUGAAGUGUCCACCACGACUGAAGUGUCCACCACGACUGAAGUGUCCACCACGACUGAAGUGUCCACCAUUAUUGAAGGGUCCACCAUCACUGAAGGCUCAACCAUCACUGAAGGAUCAACCAUAACUGAAGGAUCAACCAUAACUGAAGAAUCAACCAUAAUUGAAGGAUCAACCAUAACUGAAGGAUCAACCAUAACUGAAAUCGAGGAGUACGCUACAGCUCAAAUCAAUGAGCCCAUGCAAAAUUCACAUUGGCGUCCAUUUAUUCCUUCCGCACAAAACGAGUUGUAUUCAACUUUUUCUGGACCUAAGGAUAAGCCUGAAAUAUAUUCAACUGUUUCUUAGAUAAUUCUUCCACAUUUUAUUAGAUUAUGUUUGAAGUUUAUUUCAAUUUGAAACAUUAAAAGCUCAGGCCAGCACAGGUUUUGUACAUAAAUCUAGUAUAAUAUGGUAAAACGUACGAAUCAAAUACUUUAUACGCAAAAUAAAUAAAAAAGGAAUAAAUGGAAAC